AUGGGCUCUCCUGGUUGGGCAUUCAUCUUGCUGCAGCUCUGGGGCCUGCAGGGAGCUGUGAGCCUGAGCGUGCAGCAGUGGCCCCCGAGGGUGGAGGUGACACAAGGCGGCGAGGUGUCGCUGUUCUGCGGGGUGAAGCAGAGUCAGUCCUGGGAGAGGCUGCGUGUGGAGUGGGUCCGGAACAAUGUCGUUUUUUGCCAGCUGCUCAUCUCCAAUGGCAGCCUCAACCCUGGGGGCUGCAGGUCUCGGGGACAGCUGUCCUGGUGGCCUCCCGCAAACCUCAGCCUGUGGCUGGACCACGUGAGCCUUAACGACAGCGGGGACUACGUGUGCCAGGCCACCCUGGAGAUCCCCAAGUUGCAGAAGGCCAAGGGCAACGGGACCAAGGUCCUGGUAGAGGCAGGUGGCCUCCCUCUGAAGGAGACCUCCCACCCUUCAGGGCUCCUGUUGGCGCUUCUGGUGGCUGGGGGUGUGGUGGCAGCCUUGGUGGUGCUGGGUGCUGUGUUGUGGGGUCUCAGCAGGUGUCGUCGGGAGGACUCGGGGGAGAGCACCUGCCCAGAGAAUUCUUUCUACAGCAAUGUCCUCUUCCGGCCCCGGGAGAGUCCACGCAGGCUUCGGGACCGGCCUAAGGAGAAGGACACAGCCAGGGACCAGAGAGCCCAGGCCAUCUAUCUCACCACCUUCCCCAAGCCUGCCCCGCGCCAGCAGCUUCCUGUCAACAAACCCAGCCCCGGGCCCAGGCCUGGCCACGCCAUCUCUGCCCACUGUGAGUCUCUUGCAAGCCCUAGGAAGUAGGGACAGGCCACAUGCCAAGAGGGAUCCUGGAAGUCGAAAGAGGCUUUGGAGACCCCUGAGAACCCAAAAUGGACCUGGACAAGAGCUAUGUGAGGGUGUCGCUGUUUCUAUAAGGAGAAGGGGCGUCCGACAGCUACAGGCUGAGAUUAAUGACAUGACCCAGGGACUGUUAAUAAAGGCUCCUUUAAAUACUGUGCAUGGAACCCAGAGCCUCAACCAUGCUAUGCAAGUGAUUUACUGCUGAACCACACCCCAUCCUCAAUGGGAGAUUCUAGGCGGGGCUCCACCCCUGACCACGCCCCAUCCUCAUUGGGAGAUUCUAGGCGGGGCUCCACCCCUGACCACGCCCCAUCCUCAUUGGGAGAUUCUAGGCGGGGCUCCACCCCUGACCACGCCCCAUCCUCAUUGGGAGA